AUCAUGGCGCUCGCCGGGCAUCUGGGGAAAAUGUCUUGGGCUCCUGGCUUUUUUCUCUGGCUUUUUGUACGUAAUAGAGACGGCACGGUUUGAUGAGCGCGCCGGGCUCCUCCCUUUCAAGCCCAGGGCUUGGUUUGGUGUAAGCCGAGCUUGACGAUGGCUUUGUGGCUUUUUUUUUUCCUGGAGGAGGGUUUGCGGAUGGGGCAAGUAUGGUGGCCACUUAAUGCUUCACAACCUGAGAUGGGGUAGGUAGAUUGCGGGAGGAGAAGUGCGUUCUGUGGAUAGUCUGAAAACCUGAGGAUUAGAUGGGAUGACAGCUUUGCGGGCCGCUCCGUUUAUCGAGAGUUUUGAAGAGAGCUGGUUUGCGAUUUUGGUUGGAGAUGCGGGUGUAAGUGGUAAUCUGAACUCUGAAGUCGAAUAUCUUCACAAAAGUAUGGCCUUCUCAAUUCCUCUCUUUCUCGGCGAGUUCGAGGUUACUCAAUGUCUCACAGUCACCUCAGCGACCCGACAUUUCAUCCAAAAAAUGACAUUUGUGGCACUUGGUACCUUGAUGUCGAAUCCAAGACCACACAAAGGUCGUGACUUCAACGUGGCUUCACCAUUGAAUUCAUGGCGAAAUUUAGCCAGGAACUCACGUCAACGAGGGUUGGGCAGGCGGGCACCAGACGAGCACCAGACGAGCGAACCGAAUGCUGUCAAGCGAGCACGUUUGCCUCGAAACCGAGACGAGCUUCGUCAACGGAAUUUCCUUCAAACCUGCAACAGGAUCGUGGCAUCAGACAUGGGCUCAGAAAAGGUCAGCUGACACUCAGAGACGCGACAAACGGAUUCCCAUUACCCCCAGGAAACUGAUGACUGGUCGACGACAGGGUAGAUUGGCGGGGGCGGUAAUAGUACAAGCGGGCA